CCUUGCCACAGGAGAGAAGACAAACGACUGAUUUUGUAGAGAAAGCAGCAUAAACCUGUUACUUUAAUUGACUAUUCGAUUACGUCAAACAUCAGAAAUGCAGCAAGGCGACAAAUCUCCCAUGGGUAAAUGCGUAGCCUCGUCAUUCAUCCUUACCACAUUAGUGUUCUUCUCCCUUUUCCUCUUUCGCAUUGCGGAAUCCACCAACAAUUCUCAGGUUCAAUGUAGCAAAACAUGUGUAGCAGAGAACUGUAAUUCAAUUGGAAUUAGAUACGGGAAAUAUUGCGGAUUAGGGUGGAGUGGAUGUCCAGGGGAGAAACCUUGUGAUGAUCUAGACGCCUGCUGCAAGAUUCACGACGAAUGUGUAGAGAAUAAUGGUAUGACCAAUGUUAAAUGUCAUGAGAAGUUCAAGAGAUGCAUAAAGAAAGUGCAGAAGUCUGGGAAGGUUGGGUUUACUAGAGACUGCCCCUAUGAUGUAGCUGUUCCAACGAUGGUACAGGGUAUGGACAUGGCUAUUAUGUUUAGCCAACUUGGAAACUCAAAGCUUGAACUUUGAUCAUUUCACUCUGCCAGCGGGAUACAGUAUACUUGAAAUACUUGCAUUAAACAUUGCUUGUUGAUUCAAUUGUACAACAGGAAUGUUAUUCAUCUCUUUUUAGGAGCUUUUCCUUUUUCAGAAGUCCAUUUUGUAUUAGCGCAAAAGACGUAGUUAUUCAAUUGUAAAGGUUUAUCAGUGGAGGUUACUGUAUGAUUCGAAUUGGUAUCACUGUUUAGUGGUUUUUGAA